AUGUUGAUUAUACAAUUAAAAAUGAAAACAACAUUACCAAUAUUUAAUCAAACAGAAUCAGUUGUUCAUCAACGUUAUUCUGAUUUUGAAUGGUUACAUAAAGAAUUAGAACAUGCUGAUACAAAAAUAGUUGUACCACCAUUACCUAAUAAAGCUUGGCAAAGACAAUUACCAUUUCGAAAAGAUAAUGGUCUUUUUCAAGAUGAUUUCAUCGAAGAACGACGACGAGGAUUAGAAAUAUUUAUUAAUAAAAUUGCAGUUCAUCCACUAGCUCAAAAUGAAUGUGCUUUACAUGUUUUUUUUAUUAGAAACUGA